CUACGCGCUCAGACACGGCAUCCGUUGCAUGAUGAUUUCGAUGAUCCACGCUCGUAAAUGUAUCAGUGUGAUGAUACGCGCGCACCUACUAAUCAGAAGCAGUUACUGACGCGAUUACGCGGUGCUUUUUAAUCGACUGUCACGAUCCUUCUUUCCUGGUGCUUUUUAUGUCAUCAAUCCCGUGAUGAACUGCCGUGCACGCCCGGAUCCUGAUUUUUCUUCGUGAUACUCUAUCUGCCAAGAUCGUUGUAAGAAAUCGAUCGAAGAGAGACUGAUAAAUCGAGAGAAUUGUAGAACAAAGGAAGACACUGGAUCUUUAUUGUAUAAAGUACCCGUGUAGUGGGAUUUGAGUGAAAGAUAAACAAACAAACAUGACGAUCGAUACCAAUCUAAGAACACGAUCAGCUGAUCGUACGAAGUUUUGCAUGGAAAUGGCGAUGUGAAUCGUCCAAGUUGAUUAAAGGAUAAAAGAGGGAAAGUAAGGGGGUUGAACAGCAGUGGAGGAGGGUGAACUCAGGAAAGAGAAGAAAGAGUGGGAGUAGGUGAGAAAGAGAGAGAGAGAGAGAGAGAGAGAGAGAGAGAGAGAGAGAGAGAGAGAGAGCGAAAGUUGCUUCGCUGUCGCUACAGCUGAUCGUAGAUAAACAAGCGUGGCAUGUCCGGCUAAUUAGGGCUGUCCCGCACAAACAACUACUCGAGCGACGCUGCUGGGUUGUGUUUACAACGAGCGGCAAAAUGGCAUGUCCUUUCUCGCGGGGUUACGUGGCGACCAGCUGCGAAGAUGAUGGCAAGGAGGACGUUGGGAAUCUUGCCGGUAGUAAAAUCGGCAGCAGGACUAUCGGCGGGAGGAUGAAGACGACGCGACAGUCGUCCAUGCAUAUAAUGACGUCAUUAACAGGCGACGACAAUGAGGAACAGGAAGAUACGCAAACCCUCAAUCUGAAGCACCUAAGGGCAGCCGUACUUGUACUUACCAACCCCUCGAACGAAGUAAUAGCCGUAGCCCUGGGAGCCCUUUUGAACAAGAGCGAAAUGCCGUUAUCGACCUCGGCGUCUCUAGAGAAGCUCCUGUACAAUGUCGAGAACGAGGAGAAUUACAAUUUACUCGAGGACAUUUAUGAGACACUGAACUAUGACUGCGAUGUCGACAUCAAUGGAUUCCUGGACCUCCUGGGUCAAGAACUGAUCUCGACCGCUUGCGUGGGUCUACUGGAACGUGCGUUUCGAUGUCUCGGAAAUGACCUAUCGGCCUUUUUAACGACCCUCGACGGUGUCAACGACGUGGUCCAGCAUCAGUCAGGUUCCGAAACGGAAGCUGAGUUCGUCUGCAUCGCCACCCAGGGAGCGCUCGAACUUCACUUCACAACCGAUCACCCGUCCACAGCUUACCUAUUGGUCGGCAGCCUCAAAGGAAUCGCGAGGCAAUUUUACAACGACAAAGCCGACGUCUACAUACUACCGGACCCGUACAACGCAAAGUUUUUUAGAUAUCGCAUAACGCCAGAACGCUACGACCAAGCAGAGUCUGACCCCGACGACGAUUUGGACGUGAUAACAACGCAAUUCCGUCCACUGUCAGCCGUGGCCUCGGAUCUUCGUAUGGGCGUAGCAAGCUUCUGCAAAGCGUUUCCAUGGCACUUCGUCGUCGACCGCGAUCUCGAACUGGUCCAGCUGGGCGCGGGUUUCAUGCGGAUCUUCGGUCACCAUCUGAAUUGUCUCGGCCGAGAGAUAUCCACGUAUUUCGUCUUCACGCGGCCACGUGGCGUCACGCUGACCUUUCAUGAAAUUCUCAAGCGGGCCAACACGCCGUUUGUCCUGGCUCUGCGGAAACCACAAGGCACCGACAAAUUUCCGGCUGAGGGACUGGAGUUGAAGGGUCAAAUGGUCCAUUGUCCAGAAUCCGACUCGAUCCUCUUCGUGAGCUCGCCUUUUCUAAAUGGCUUGGAAGGACUCACAGGACGUGGACUUUUUAUCUCGGACAUUCCUCUUCACGACGCCACCAGGGACGUAAUCCUUGUUGGGGAACAAGCAAGAGCUCAGGAUGGCCUAAGGCGACGCAUGGACAAAUUGAAAAGUUCCAUCGAGGAGGCGAACAGGGCUGUCGACGCCGAGAGGGCGAAGAAUGUCAGCCUGCUGCAUCUUAUCUUUCCACCGGAUAUAGCGAAGCGCCUGUGGCUGGGUGAAACCAUCGAAGCCAAGACUUACGCCAACGUUACGAUGCUCUUCAGUGACAUUGUUGGCUUCACGGCCAUCUGCUCCACCGCGACGCCAAUGAUGGUCAUUAACAUGCUGCAGAAUCUCUAUGAACAGUUUGACCUCUUCUGCGGUCAAUUGGACGUCUAUAAAGUCGAAACCAUCGGCGAUGCCUACUGCGUUGCGUGCGGACUUCACAGAAACACGAAGACCCAUGCACAGCAAAUCGCGUGGAUGUCCCUCAAGAUGAUACAAACGUGUUCCCAACAUUUGACACACGAGGGCAAACCGAUAAAGAUGCGUAUUGGAAUCCAUACCGGAAUGGUACUUGCUGGAGUAGUGGGAAGAAAAAUGCCAAGGUAUUGCCUUUUUGGACACAAUGUCACUCUUGCGAACAAGUUUGAAUCGACCAGUGAACCACUUCGGAUCAACGUCAGUCCCACCACGUAUUCGUGUCUUAUUCAGAGGCCAGGAUUCAUAUUGGAGUCGCGGACCAAGGACAAUCUUCCAAAGGAAAUGCCAGCAAGUGCGUCGGGCACGUGUUACUUUCUGAACGGUUAUCAUCACAGUGACGUGGACAGAGACGAACCCCUGGACGUGCACGUGCAGGCGGCCAUUGCUGAAUUAGGAAUUACCGGCAGCAUGUAGAUAAUUUGUUUUAUAUGAGGGAGUUAAUAUGUAAAAGAAAAGGAAACAGAAGUAAGCAUAGAUUAAGUAAAACAAGAUGAGAGGGAGUAAAGAGAAAAUAUACAAAUAAGAAAAUUUGUCGAUCGAGCGCAGGAAUCGUACGAAGGCAAAUGUUAGAUAUUGUCGCGCGAUAACGAGACGUCACUUACCGACGGUCGAUAAAGAAGUUAGAGAAUUUCUCGCACCGCGGCUGAACCCACGUAAUGUCAAACGAUAGAAAAUAUUCGUAACGUUGACACUCUGCAUGACACUGCGCUAAGCAUUAAUUUGUACGCAAGAACAAUGAGUAUUAGGUUCAAGCCAUUAUUAUAACGAGCAAGCAAAUAAAUGGCACUGAGC